CCUCCCUAAUCAACUGCCCAGCAUCACCAAGGUAGUUGAGUAUUUAAGCCCAGUUCGCCCUGAAACUAACAGGAUGAGAGCAGGUACUCCAUUUGUCCAGCAUGAGCCAUAUUUUGAUGCUCCACCUCACACUUUUUACGACCGCUGCCACCAUGAACAUCCAUAACAGCAGCAGCAGCAAUGGAUCUCCAAAUCACAAGCUGCUCAUUGGCUUCCAGGCUCCGUGGAACGUGUCCUUCCCCUUCAGCGCCCGGCGGCUGGGCUCGGCCAUUCAGAUAGCCGUGGAGAAGGUGAACAACAACCCCUCCUUCCUGGGCAACUACAGUCUGGAUUUUGUGUACAAGGACACCGACUGUAAUCCCAAAGAGUCCCUGGGAGGAUUCAUCCAGCAGGUGUGGAGAGAAAAUGUGACAGCUCUGUUUGGUCCAGUGUGUCCUGAGGAAGCAGAGGUUACUGGUCUAAUUGCAUCAACGUGGCACGUUCCCAUGUUCGGCUUCGUGGGGCAGUCCUCCAAACUGGAAGAUAAGGUAAUGUACGAUUCCUACAUCAAAAUCAUGCCCCCUCUCAAACGAAGCUCAGAGGUCCUGGUGAAGACCCUGGAGUUCUUCGGGUGGAGUCACGUGGCAAUGAUCGGAGGGGGGUUGAAGACGAACACCUGGGACAAAGUGGAUGCUUUGUGGAAAACGGUGGAGAACCCUCUCAGGACCCAUUUCAAAUUGACGGCAGAACUGAAGUUUGACACCAGUAAUCCUGACCUUGUUUAUGAGAACAUCAAGUACAUCUCAACAGUCGCCAGAGUUAUUGUGGUGCUAACAAACAGAGAGGACUCCAUGGCUCUGCUGCUGGAGGCUGAGCGUCAGGGUCUGAUGAAUGGCGACUAUGUGUUCUUCCUGAUGCAGCAUUUUGAGGAUAACUGGUGGAAAAGUGCCCUGAACAGUGGGGCAAACCCGGACAGCAAAAGAGCUUUUGCCAUGACAUUUGUCAUUGGGCAAAAGUCCUAUGAAGGAUACGAGUACUAUGAUUUCUUCAAAGAGGUUUUUCAAAGACUAAAAGGACAUCCUUUCUGGAGUAACCUGACAUCUGAAAGUGAGGUUAGCCCUUAUUCAGCCUACCUUCACGAUGCAGUACUUCUUUAUGUGAUGGGACUGAAGGAAGUCCUGAAAGAAGGAAAGGAUCCUCACGACGGCCGACAGCUUCUGGAGAAACUGAAAACCAGAGAAAAAUUUCGAUUUCACGGUGCCUCUGGGCUGGUUCACUUUGAUGAGGAGGGGGAGAGAUGUAUGGACUAUUCCAUUUAUGACCUGCAGCAUGUGGGAGGCAGCACCAUGUUUGUGCCCAUCCUGAAUUUUGAAAGUGAAACAAAAAGUGUCAGAGCGACAUCUAUGUUUGCUUCUGUGAUUUGGCCAAAGGGAAAGCCUCCAUCUGAUAUCCCAGAAUGUGGUUUCAAUGAUGAGCACUGCGAGUGGCUGACCAAUGAAAUCGCCCUGCUGGCUGUCCUUGUGACCUUCCCCCUCAUCGGCGUGGUGGCGGUUUUGUGGAUCGGGGUCCUGAUGCUUCAAAAGUUUCGGCUCCAGACGAGGCUGGAUGACUCCAACUGGUGGAUAAUCAACUACGGCGACAUCACCAUCAUCAGGGAGCCCACAGCAAACCAGGGUUUGUCUCAAAGCUCUACAGGCAGUCACAGCGGGAGCAGCAGCUGUCAGAGCACCUUUUCAAGCCACAGCUAUGACCUGCGGGACAAAACCGGCAGAGAGCACAUCUACACAACGAUAGGCCUCUACCAGGGAAACCAAGUCGCCGUCAAGUACAUCAAGAACCCUAUAAACUGUAAUUUCCAGAAACCUUCAGUGAUUGCAGAAUUCAAUCUGAUGAAGGAGAUGAAACAUGAAAACUUGGUGCAGUUCUUCGGCGUGUGCAUUGAGCCACCAAACAUCUGUUUGGUCAUUCAGUAUUGCAAGAAAGGCAGUCUGAAGGAUGUUUUUGGGGCCUCUGAUGUUGAUCUGGAAUGGAUGUUUAAGCUCUCAUUUGCAUAUGACAUUGUUAAUGGAAUGGACUUCAUUCACAAUAGCAAGCUUAAAUUUCAUGGAAACCUGAAGCCUAGUACAUGUCUGGUGGACAGCAGACUACAAAUUAAACUCUCUGGUUUUGGAUUAUGGGAGUUUAAGUAUGGAGGAAAAAACAAGCUCAGCCUAAUGGAAAAUCCUGAUUAUGAAGAUCUGUACUGGACAGCGCCCGAGCUUCUAAGACAGGCUGGGCUUCCAUGUAAUGGGACACCCAAAGGAGACAUCUACAGUUUUGCCAUCAUCAUGUGGGAGCUCAUGUAUAACUCCAAAGGUGGUCCAUACCAAGACAUCAACCUGGACCCAAAAGAGAUUAUAAUGCAGUUGCGGACACCUUUCCAAGGGGAACCUCUCAGACCGGUUCUGUGCGAGCAACUGUGUGAUGAGAAGGUCAACGCAUUGCUCAAAGCCUGUUGGAGCGAAAACCCUGACCAUCGACCACCUUUUGGAUCUAUACGCAGGAGGCUGAGAGAUAUAAGUCCGGAGAGCCAUGCAAAUAUCCUCGAUAACAUGGUGGACAAGUUGGAGAAGUAUGCAAAUCACCUUGAAGAGGUGGUGGAGGAGCGGACCAACCAGCUCACAGCAGAGAAAGCCAGAGCAGAUAAACUUCUGUCCAGCAUGUUACCAAAAUACAUUGCAGACCAACUGAUGACAGGAAAAUCAGUGGAGCCACAAAGCUAUGAAAUGGUGACCAUCUUCUUCUCAGAUAUUGUGGGCUUCACCUCUAUGUGUUCUUCCAGCUCACCAAUGGAGGUGGUAACGUUCCUCAACGAACUCUACAGUCUCUUUGACGACAUCAUAAAGAUGUAUGAUGUCUACAAAGUUGAAACCAUUGGCGAUGCUUACAUGGUAGCGAGUGGCCUUCCAAUCAGCAAUGGCAACAAGCAUGCUUUGGAGAUAUCCACGAUGGCUCUACACUUCUUAAGUGCCAUUCAGGUCUUCAGAAUCCCUCACAAGCCAGAUGUGAUCCUUGCAAUUCGCAUUGGCAUACACUCUGGUCCAGUGGUUGCUGGAGUGGUGGGAAACACUAUGCCUCGCUACUGCCUCUUUGGUGAUACAGUAAACACAGCCUCACGCAUGGAGAGUAACAGCUUACCACUAAGGAUUCACAUAUCUCAGUCUACAGCUGAUAUUCUUGUCCAAGCUGGAUCAUUUGAGCUGACAGAAAGAGGUGACAUCGAAAUGAAGGGUAAGGGGGUCCAGAAGACCUACUGGCUGCUGAGCAAGACUGGAUUUAAUCCUGCUCUCAAUUCCCUCAGCUCAUUACAAGGUGACAGUCUGAAAGUGCAAAUGGAGAAACAAGGAGUAACCAGAUCUGCAGUCACAAAGUCCCAAAUCAUCCAGCCCAAAUCAUCGAUGACUACAGUGCAUGUUUAGAUGUUGUACGAGGAGGCAGGAAUAUCCUGAAAUGAUGUCGUCUGUUUAGUGCACUGCUUCACAAAGUGACUUUAUUCCAUGUACUUGUUGGAAAAAGAACUCUGUGGUCACUGACUUCUUCAAAAGUAAAAGAGCUGGGAGUUUUGAAUUUGGCAGCUUGUGUUUGAUUAAUUAUUCAAAACAUAAUUUUAUUAUUUUUGCUUUUGGAGCAAAGCUACAUUUAUGCUUCUGCAAACGGCGGUUUGAAGAAACAAACAAAAAAAAACUUGAUAGCUGAUCAAGUAAUUUUAAUGCAUUUUUACUCAUCUGAUGUAGAUUCUUAUAAUUCUUGAUUUGAGUAUUCAGAAUAAUGAGGUUUCAGGUAAGGACUGAUGUAAUUAAGUUACAAAUUCACUCAAACCAGCAGAACCAGCGAAAACACCUUAAUUUGUGUGGAAGAGUUUGUAUUUUUUAAAGAGUGAUUAUCAUUUCCGAUCCAUCCACUUUUGUAAAGCAACAUGCAGGUAUUUCUGAACAACAGCAAAAAUCAUAUCUCCUAAAUUCUAUACUCACUGUGAAAAAAAUAUUGCAUCUAUUUCUUAAUUCUUAACAAAAAAAAGUACAGAGAAUUAAAAAAAUAUAUAUCUUUCAAAAUGAAAGAAUGCUGUCCAGACCUGAACUCUUGUGACAUUCUGACAGAUUGAUUUUGUGCAGCAGAAAUAAAAAGGCAUGAAAACAUACCUCAAACAAGGUGCAACAUUGUAAAAUACUUCUGUAUUAAAGCAUUUAUCUCCUCUAGAUUAAACCUUUUACCCCUAAAUAAGAAUUGCUUUAGUUUUUUUCUGUAAUGGAUCAGCAUUUCAGUUCUCAAACCCUUGUUUGACAUGUUUAUCUACCUCAUGUAUGUUCCUAGUUUGGCUGUAUUCUUGUGUCUAAACUGUAGUUAUUUACCUAC